AAAUAAUACAGAUCUGCUCUUGCCAUUUAUAUAAUUCUCGAAUCGAUUACUCUCAACCGUGCCUUCAAAAAAUCAAGAAGAAGAAGAAAACCUUGCGCUCAAAGAUCUAGCAAUGGAUGCUUCACGAGGAUUCAUCUCCAACGCGUGGCAUCUGCUGGCGUUUCUCCCCUUCUUCAUUCUCCUCUUCAUUCUCGGCAUUAUUAAAGUUGCGAUUUUUGGGUCUUGUGUAUUUCUCGUCAUCUUGGUCGGGAAUCUUGCUCUGAUUUACGGUCUGUAUCCUGUUCAUGUGGUGUGGACUGGAUACUGCAUAUCGAGGACUAAGAGAUUUGGGGUGGUGCUUAAGGCUCUUAUCCUCUUAUUAUUUCCUCUUCCUGUCUUGCUUUGGCUACCGUUGGCCACAAUUGGUUCGGUGCUUACUGGACUUACAUUUGGAAUUGGGUUGCCAUUAAUGGCUACUUUCGCGCCUGUAAGAGAAGGGGUCACCGACAAAUUCCUUAGGUGCUUAAAGGAUGGUACUUGGGGCUCAAUUAAAGCAGCAUUUACCGCUGUUCGUGAUUUCAAAGACAUUUGCUUCCAUUCAUACUUCUCUGUAAUGGAUGGGCUACUUGAAUCAAGGGGUGACACCCUGAUGGACAUAAGAAUACUGCAGAUUCCAGGUUGCAUACUGGCAGGGAUUUUAGGUGUUCUUAUCGACGUGCCUAUGCUUAGUCUAAUAACUAUCUACAAGCUUCCUGUCAUGCUGUACAAAGGAUGGAGGCAGUUAAUACAUGAUCUUAUUGGACGUUCAGGUCCAUUUUUGGAGACUGUCUGUGUUCCUUUUGCUGGACUUAUGAUUUUGCUGUGGCCAAUAGCAGUUGAAUUGACUGCUGCAGCUGGAAUUCUUUCUAGUUUUAGUCUUGGACUAUAUGCUGCUGCUGUUGCAUAUCAGGAGAAAUCUACAAAGAGUGGGAUACUUUAUGCCAUUGCUGUCAUAUCCAUGUUUGAUGAAUUUACCAAUGAUUUUCUUUACAUGAGAGAAGGGUCAUGCUUCCCAAGACCUAGAUACCGUAAGGUAAUACUUGCUCGUUCACCGACUCUUCCAGUUCAGAGGUUUCCAGACCAAUCCAGUUCUACUUCUUUAGCUACUUCUUUAAAGCACCCACUGGUGAAGACGCCUUCCAUGAAAUUGCUGGAGUUGAGAUCUGUUAUGAUAUGGGAGAACAUUAUCAAGGCAUGUGAAAGUCUGGGGAAAGACCUUGUCAAAGAUGAUGCAAUCAGGGUAUCAGAUUUAGAGGCAUGGCAGAAUUCCAAGAACAAGAUAGUUAACAUUGGGCUCCCUUCAUGUGUGUGUCUACAGUGUUUUAUUCGUUCCAUUAAGAGUGGUUCUACCGGCUUCAUCAUGCGUGACGGUGUUGAAGUGACGAGUUUGAACAGGCCUGAAGGACGAAUUUUUGAUUGGUUUUUUGAGCCCAUGCUUCUUCUGAAAGAGCAGAUUAAGGCCAUAGAUUUAACAGAGAGUGAAGAGGCAUACCUCUAUAAGUUGACCCUAUAUUGUGGUGAUACUCAGAGAUUAGCUGCUUGGCAGAAUGGUGGAAUUCCACCAGCUGAUGAGGUCAAAAAGGCUCAGUUAGAGGGAUUAAGCAGAAGGUUACAGGGCUUCAGUCUCACUCUCUCAAGGAUGCCAACUUUUCGCCGUCGGUUUGAGCAAGUUGUUAAGGUGCUACUACAAGAAGCUAGGCAGAGAUCGGAAUGUAAUGAAAGUAGCAUAUCACUAGCCAUCUAGUUCUUGCCCAACUGAGCAUUCUGGAGAUCUGGAGUCGACAAAUCAACGGUAAUCAUCGGGGAAAAUUGGAAACCCAUCUUCAUUUCAAGGAUGAUUGCGUGGUGACUUGUUUAAUUUGUAACCUCUGUAAUCCUCUAAAAAAAAUUUCUCUUAGCUAGCAUGUAGUUUGUGUUAGCAUUCAUGUAUUCUAUUGUUGGAGUUUAUUAGUUGCUAGCAUGUAAUUUGUGUUGGUAUUCACUUACUCUACUGCAAUUUAUUAGUUGCUUCUUCUUCACAAGUGGAGCAUGGUGUACAAUCCAUGUAUAACUGAUACCCAAUUUGUAUGUGAAACUGUUCGUCUUGACUGUUUUUUUUU